CUAUUUUACUGGAUUCUACCGUUGUGGAAAACCAACACAAAGAUGGGUCAGAUACAAUGCCCAAACUCACAACCUGAAGCACGCCCGCAAGGGUUUCUGGAUACAAGCUCAUGCACCCGGGAAGAUGUUAAGCGGCGACAAGAAGAGAUCGUUAGGCGGCAAGAAGACAUCAUGAAGAGAUUGGACGCUAUUUUCCUCGAACAAAGCCAAUUUCUCCAAAGAUACGAAGAUCAUGACAGGGAGUUGGAUACUGUUGAUCUUGAACUGGAACGAAAGUACCAAGAACAAGAGAAGUUGAGGGAUGAUUUAGAUGGUAUAUAUGAAUUGAGCCCGACAGACCCGAACGAAAACGUCGACCCAAGCACGACCGAUAGGGAAGACUCUAUUCGGAGAGGCAUUGACACUAUUGAUCUGCAAAUCAGUCAAUUGGAGCAGAAGAGAGACGAAAUCAGAAUCAAAACCGACGCUCUGACUGUUGAGCGGGACCGAUUGGAGCAGGAAGAAGCCGACUUGGAAGAAGAAGAUGAUGAUUUGAACAGGGAAUGGGAAGUCUUGAUGGAAUAUGAACCAAUGGAUGAUGAUCAGGAUUCCGAGCCAAGCACAGACGAGGAAGACUUGACAAGAGAAUUGAACGAUGACAUCCUUUCUGCGUUGGGUCAAAGAACAUCAGCGUUGUGCUCCAUCUGUCGCAACUUUCCACGGGGACGGCUCGAAUUCAUCGAAACCAAAUUCUCUAUAGAUGCCUCCCACAUGUAUCACCCGUCUCUCUAUUCGUUGAAAAGGUCUGUUGACGGAGGCUGUUAUCUUUGCGAGGAUGUGGCACAGUCAGUGGAGCAGUUUUGCCAGGAAUCCAACCCUUCUGAGUCACAAAAGGAGUUCUGGUCGAUCAGAUGCAGAAUCACUGAGGGUCGCUGGCGCUCAUUGCAGAUAUGGUUUCUCCUCUGCCAGUGCGAACUCGGUCAUCCGGAUGACACUGGUUGUGAACAUGCGCGUCAGCUCGGAGGCAGGCAAUUUCUUCCCGCCCGCCAAUUGAUUCUUGGGCCAGAGUUUUCAGAUCCCACAAUUAUGACAUCUAGCGCAAAGUCGGCGGCAAGCUUUGAUAUUGCCAGAUCCUGGUAUCAAAAGUGCUUAAAGCAUGAGACUUGCCGGAGCUGGAGGCGAGAAACAAGAUUUCUCCCAACCCGUCUGAUACAAAUACGAGGACCUGAUACCAAGGCUUCAAAAGUUUCAGCUAGACUUUGUGAAACAAAUGGUCUACCAACUACUACUCCAUAUGUUUCCCUGAGUCACUGCUGGGGAAAGUGUGUGCUUUUCACCUUGACUCAAAACAACCUGGACGACCUCAGACGAGAGAUACCGAUCAGCCAGCUCCCAAAGACAUUCCAGGACGCCAUCGACGUCACAUUCAAGCUUGGAAUCAACUACCUAUGGAUUGACUCCCUCUGCAUAAUCCAAGACUCAAAGGAGGAUUGGACACAUGAGGCGAAGAGAAUGGGUGACGUUUACCUGCAUGGGGAGUUCAAUAUUUCAGCAACCGCCUACGAAGAUGGUUCGGAAGGGCUAUUCGGUGAGAGGACGGCACUACCUCUCGUGCAUUUCCCAUUGUAUAUGGAAUUCACCCUCGUCGAAAAGUAUGUACGAAAAAAGACUUCCUUCAAAGGCUUCUACAUCUGCUGGAACGAUUCAGAGUUCCAUGAUAAGAUCCACAUGGGCCUGAUAUUUUCUCGUGCCUGGGUUGCCCAGGAGCGAGCUUUGUCACCCGCCAUCAUUCAUUAUACCCGAGAAAAGAUUUGGUGGGAAUGCAAUCAAGAGAUCUUCAACGAAGCAGUGCCGGACAGCCCAUACCUGAAUGGCAAUCUGAUAUGGGAACAGGUGGAAGGAGGUGGACGAGACCGGGUGCGCUCUUUGAGUAAGCAAAGCCAACCGGAGCAGGUCUAUUCGUUCUGGAAGACCUUCCUCACCAAUCACGGUGGCGCUUUCUUGACCUACUACAAAGAUCGCUUCCCAGCAAUGGCUGGGCUGGCGCGCAUUGUGGGUGACUAUAUCGACGAUGAUCUUGUCGCUGGGUUCUGGUCAGGAGAUCUCAUUCGGUCGCUGAUCAUGGCUCGUGGCUCCACCCGGAUAGCAAUCCAGCCUGAGCUGAUCGCACCAACGUGGUCUUGGGCGUCUCUGUGCUCUACACCCUACCUCGUUAGCCAGGACGAGGCAAAGGUCACGCCACUAGAAGGCGUUCAAAUCAUCAAAGUCUUGUCUGACGUCCCUGGAUUCAAAUCUGACUUGCAGUCGACGCAUUUCGAAACAUCUGCUGUGCGUGGGCUUGUUAUUAGGGGAGUUCUGAGGAGAUUACCAGAUAACUUUAAAUCGCGCCUGAAUGACAAUAGUUUGGGGAAGGUGUGGGUUGGACCGGAAUGGAUAUCAGAUGUGGAAAUGAUGUCAGAUCACAGGACUGCAUGCCUUCUGGGCAAGGAAAGUAUUCCCGAACAGCAGAAGUGGCGUUUGGAAGAUCCUACACACAUGCUACUUCUGGCCAAAGAGUAUUCUGACCGCCUCAGUUGUGAAUUAGUGUAUGGGAUCCUCGUUCAAAGUGCAGAUAUGGACGAUCCUAACACAUUUCGACGGACUGGCACGAUAGAGUUCACCUCCAGAGAUGGAACACCCAAGUGGGAUGAAUACUUUGGUCUAGGGAAGGACAGCGAGAAUCAGGAUAGUUCAUGGUUCCAGGAAAGAGGUCUUCAAGACAUUGUACUUAUUUAGAGAUCUGCGCGACUCGGUCUCUCUCACAAUUGUUUGACAAUUCAGCCCAGCAUUUGGUGCAUCCGGUAGGGACGUCGUGCGAUCAAGUUACCAGGCCAAGAUACUACAUGUCGUCUCAUAAUUACAGCAGCAUACCAAAAGAAG